AUGCCUGCAAUGCUGUCACCAGAUAACUCCACACUAUUCCAGCUCCGCGAGCUGCUAGGGCCAGAUUUUGCCAGCCAGCUCGCGGCGCUGGUGAACCGCGUCGGGGUGACACAGGCGGCUGUUCGCGUCGAGGCCCAUGUGUGCUCCACUGGAGGCAACCAGGCUGGCUCAGUCGUGGGAUAUCUCGACCUUCAGUCUGCCAGACAGGGAAAUCCAACCCCAAUAUCUUCGCCCGGAGCGCAGUUGUCUCCUCGGAUCCACCACCUCCCUUCACCUGUCGAGCCCACAAGCGCUCUCUUAGCCACACAGUCUCAGAAUGAGGCCUGCGCACCAGAAACAGCAAUAACCUCCGGUUACCACCCGAGUGCUGCGUCAAAGCGACGCAAGGUUGUUGGCGGUUCACGGCCAUGUACCACUAGGGAACGUCCCAUCAGCACGGCCGUCGAACGUGAACAUUGCGAUGAUGAUGAAAGCAGCGCAGGGGUCAAUCUUGAGCAAGAGCAGCCGCUCAAGGCACGCUCGAUCCGUCAAGUGCAUACGACCACCCGCUUUCCCCAGAGGACUGCGCGCAAGGAACAGUCUGUACCCAUCAUGACCUCCACGUCGACUGAGAAAUUGGUCUGCAGCAUCUGGCGACAGAUACACUCGGAGAUCCGGUGGGAUAUGACUGCCACGAUACAACAGGCAUUCCGAGUGGUGAAUUCACUGUGUUUCACGUACCACAGCCGCAGCCAGACUUACCGCGCACUGGAGAUGAUUGUCCAGGCCUACUGGGUGGAUUGCUACGAGGCCCGGAUCACGGCAAUCAGCCUGGAUCAGCCCACUUUAACCGCCACAGAGGCAAGAAUGUCUGCUUUGAGAGAGGCGUGCUCCGUGCAGAAGCUGACUGAAAAGGACCUUCGAAAUCGACUAGCAAUCUGGCGUGGGUACAAGGAAAUUAAGGAUGCCGGCGGCUGGGCUAGUCUCCUGUUUGCAGGCGUGGGCGUCUAUCGCUUCUGCAAAUACCGCAUCGGAUUCAACGAAGGCCUGCUCCAGCGACUGCGCCAACUCCGACACAGCUUCGAGGUUGCCGCCGACACCCUCCGCCCCGAAUGGCGGGAUCUGCUAGGUGCCGUCGGGCAAAAGUCCCCUCGCGAGUACGACGGCCACCCGCACGAGUGGGUUACCAUCGAUGGCCGCCCGGCAUGCCCCCUGCGAUCCACGUACGCGUUCCUUGGUAAAGAGCUGGUGUUUGAGUUUGUAGACGACUGCGUUAUAGACCGGGCUACCUUUGGCGCAGGGGAUCCGCGCAGAAUACUGCAGGCUGAACCGGACAUGUGUGCGCAGUGCCAGCAGAAGCAGUCGGAUGACGUGCAGCUCAACCGCUGCAGUUGCUUUCCGAAUCUGUUUGGGUGCGUACGGCUGCCUCCGCCCGUGCAGAUCUUCCGCACGGGCAAUGCAAAGAAUAACGGUGUUGUUGCUCGGCUUGACUUUGAGCGCGGCGCCGCGGUGGGUGAGUUUGUUGGCCUUGUGACGGCCGGCAUUGAUGGCGUCGAUGUGAUGGUAGGCGAGGCUUCGGGGCAGAGCUACCAGAUCUUCCAGGGACAAAUGGGUAACUUUACAAGAUUCAUCAACCACUCCUGCCACCCAAACGCGCAGUUCCAACGCUUCUGCUGGAUGGGUACGGAACGCAUUCUCGUCGUGUCACGCGGGAUCACGGCAGGCAGCGAAAUCACCGUGGACUACUCGGACGAGUACUGGAAGAACCUGGACAAGGAAUUGCACGCGGAGGCGCUGGUCGUCAUCAGCACCUGGGCGUUCUGGGCGGCUAUCUACAUCACAGCGAUGAGGACCCCUGCUGCCCAGACGAGCAUCCGACUGCAGCAGCUCGAGCUCGAGCAAUUCCUUCCCCUAGCCUCACUCGCCUGCUUGUCUUUCUGCAAGGCAGAUACUCCGCCCGUGCUCCAUGGCCUUUUCAAUGCCCCUAUCGACCCAGGAGGUCACCGAAGACCCUCUGUCGCGGUGGACGUGGCGAAUCACGUCAGCGACAACUUUGGACGACUCCUGCUCAACUCCCGGCACCUGGAAUCCGGAGACUACGAAAGGGCCAUCGCGGACGCGGUUCAAGACGAAGACGAGCUGCUGCUGAGGGCGUUCCAGCAAGGCACGGAGGUGUUUGCCGAAGCGGGCUCUACGCUUGCGGCAUGUCUGCUCAAUCUGACUAGAGGUGUGCUCGUGGUGGAAGUAUAUUGCUUCGUGCUUGCGCCAGUUCCUGGACCAAUGGGGAAUCCCAGCUGGGGACGCCGAGGGAUACCUUGGCGUAUACAUUCUCGUAUCCAGUCACACGGCACUCAUUGGCGCAUGGGGUCCUUCAGAGGUGGACAAGGGGAUGAGAUAUCCGCGACGUCGAGGGCCGUGAUGUCGUCCAAGACCUCUCCGCAGUUUUACGACAGGAGGGCACGCCAUUGCGUGUCAAAGCUUUGGUCAACGACACAACGUCGGCACCCUUAA